AUGGCUUCCCUGCUACACCAUCAUGAAAACCCUGAAAAUCCCUACUUAUCCGACGAUAUUCUAAUUCAAAUCCUCGAAAAACUGCCGGCCAAAUCACUGCUUCGAUUCAAGUGCGUAUGCAAAUCCUGGAGGGAAACAAUCGGAAGCCCUCAAUUUGCAAGAUUGCAAAUUGACUAUUCCCACAAACUCAGACUUAAUACUAACGAGAAAAUCUUUUUGCAGAUAAACCCUUCUUGUGGCUCCAUGUUCCCUCAAUUACACUAUCUUAGCAACUUCGGAAGCUCCAGCAAUAACAUCUCGUUGCAUUUAAUCUCAAUCAGCGAUAACAUUUUCCGAAAUAGCUCAGCGGUUCGUGCCACCGAGGAGAAUUGUUUUUCCUAUGGUAAUAACUCAAUCAGAGCUCUUCAGGUCCCUUCCAUAAUCUCCGGCAAAAGUGUUGUUUUAAGCCCUUUAAAGUUAGCACUUGCGACGCUCAUAGUACUAGCCUGGAUGGAAGUGAAUCUGAAUACGCGGUAUUACGGUUUUGUUUUGGCUUCUGAGAGAUUCAUGGAUGAAAUCCUGCCAGCACCUCCAAAGGUUUUAUUCUUAGAUGGUUUUCAGCUUGAGAUGGUUCAUGCUGUAUUCACGGUUUCGGGUGGUCUCCCUUAUCUGCAAUGGACAUAUAAGUAUAAAUAUCAUAGAUUUGAGGCAUGGGUGCUUAAGGAAUAUGGCAAUGGCAAUAAUGGCUGCUGGAAUCGGAUGUUCAACUGUUUCCCUGAUAUUUCGCAUCAAUAUCCUUUCGGCCUGAUUCAUAAGGACCAAGUUCUGUACACAAGAAAAGGGCGUUUUCUGUAUUGCGUUGAUCUGGGGACGGAUCAGAACCGGAUGACAAAGCUGAAGAUGGUGAUUACCGGUUACGGUCAGGAUGACCUUUUAUUUUUCAUGACCCCUUAUGUGGAGAGUUUAAUUGAUGUUUAG